UGUCGGCUGCAGGAUGCUGAGCCUGUCUAAUUCACCAGGGGAAGCAGGAUGCGGCACUCAGAUGGAGGCCAGCUUACGGAGCGUUUACCUCAGUUCUGGACAAGGUAAUACUCGGCAGAUUUAGGAAACUCAAUUUAGCUGUUAGAUGGACAGCUGGUAGCACGUCUCAUUCUUUCAGAAGCAGAAGGAAGCGGGAAGAGGAAGUCGGGGGAGUUAUGCAGCUACAAUAUUGUCUACACAAAAUCAGCAGUAGGUUUACGUCAGGGAUGGAACAUUUGCACACUAAAUCAAUAAGCAACUGAUGCUAGAUGUGUGGUACCUGCUGCUUCUGAGUAGGUGUGGACUCUUUUAAGGAAGAUGACUUUUCCACUGAUUGCGUAAACAUAAAGUCAUUGUCUGUUUGAUACUUCACGCUGGAAACAGGGCUUUUUAAACCAGGUUAACAUAAUCUUCAUUGAUAAUUGGAUUUACUGGAAUAAACUUAUUUGGUAAAACAAACAAGGAAAACAAAGAGUUUUGGGAUUUCAAUUACAAGAGUAAACACGACAUCUGUUCAACAAACAUGACUGGAUGUCUGAUGAUUCUUCUCAUCGGCUCUUUACUACAAGGCACCAACUGUAACAAAUUUCAAACUAAAUUGCCACAGACUGUACAAGUUAUGACAGGAUCGUGCGUGACCGUCCCCUGCUCUUUUGACGUAGAGCAGACAUUUGAACAGUACUUACAUGACACCUGUGAAGCUAUAUGGUGUUCCCCAAAAAAUGUUCCACAACUAUCUGACAGCAGUCCUAAAACAGGAAACUUAACAAUGAAAAACUGCACCACAACUUUCAACAAUAUGCAAACUUUGCAUACCAAGACUUAUCACUUCAGAAUCGACUGUAAAAAUGAUCUAAAAUACAGUUUUAUCCCACCAUCUGUAAAAAUUGAGGUCACAGAUCAUUUUCCCUCACCAACUCUGACUCCAUCCACUCUGAAGAUAAAGGAGGGAGAGUCAGUGAGUCUGAUGUGCUCUGCUCCGGCUCCGUGUCUGCCUCAUCCUCCAAAUCUGACUUGGACCCCAACACUGGGGAACAUUCAGGAAACACUGCAUGAGAAUCUGGACAAAACCAAAUUCAAGACCUCUGUUAUGAACUUCAUUGCUUCUCAUCUCCAUCAUGAGCAGAACAUUUCCUGCACUGCUGCGUACAAGAAACAAGAUGGAAGCCCUGAUGCAGCUUUUACUACAUCCUUAAUUCCAGAUGUUUUGUUUUGCCCUAAGAAUGUCACAGUUUCAGUCAGUCCACUUGGUUUGGUUCUAGAGAACAGCAAUGUGACUCUGACGUGCAACAGUGAUGCCAACCCAGCAGAACAGAAUUACACUUGGCAUGGAGUUGAUGAAGGACAGGAAAUUGUCAUUGGAAUUGGAAAGAUUUUAAACAUCACAGUAUCUGGGAACAGAAAGAGUUUUGUCUGCAUGGCUGAAAAUGAUGUUGGAGAACAACGUUCCAGCAUCACUCACAUAGAUGUUCUGUAUUCCCCUAAAAAUGUCUCAGUUUCAGUCAAUCCCUCUGGUCCAAUUCAAGAAAAUAGCAAUGUAAUUCUGACAUGCAACAGUGAUGCAAACCCAGCAGAGCAGAAUUACACCUGGUAUGGAGCUGAUGGAGGACAGGAAAUUGUCAUUGGAACUGGAAAGAUUUUAUAUAUUAUAUUGUCUACAAACCAAAAGAGCUUUUUCUGCAAGGCUGGAAAUGAUCUUGGAGAACAAUAUUCAAACAUCACUCACAUAGAUGUUCUGUAUUCCCCUAAGAAUGUCACAGUUUCAGUCAGUCCUGCUGGUCCAAUUCUGGACAACAGUAACGUGUCUCUGACAUGCAAUAGUGAUGCCAACCCAGCAGAGCAGAAUUACACCUGGUAUGAAGUCAAAGCAGCCCAGGAAAUCGUCACCGGGUCUGGAAAGAUUUUAAAUUUUAAAACAACUACAGACAGAGAGACUUUUUUCUGCAAGGCUCAAAAUGAUUUGGGAGAAGAACGUUCCAACCUCCGUCACAUUGAUGUUCUGUUUCCUUCACAGAUCUUAUUUUCAUCUAAAUGCAUGAAAACUUCAAAUCAAGUCAGCUGUUCCUGUGAAACAGCAGGAAACCCGUCUCCAACAACACAUUGGUACUUGAACGGAAAACCAGUUAUUCAAUCUAGCCAGAUGGUGAUUACACAUGACUUUGUAAAUAGCUCAUACAUGAGGAGCAUCAUCACUGUUGAUGAACCACAGGACAGGGAUCUGUCCACCUUGCAGUGCUUCAGCUCCAAUUCUUUGGGAUCAGCCAGAAAAGAGUUUUGUGUCAGCUGCCUUGAAAACUCAAGAGAAAAUGAAAGUCAAAUCUGGAUGCCAUUGUUCAUCGCCACUGUUGUAGUUUUUCUACUUAUAGUAUGCACUUUGCUGCUUGUUAUUGGGUUUCAGAAGACUCACUAUAAACCUAAAAGUGUCACAGCUGCUUCAGGUCAACAUGGAGCCAAAGAGCAAACCACGGCCGACAACCGCGAACCUUCAACUGGAACUGAUCUAAGCUCCAAUCAUCCAGAAAAAAUGACUAAAAGCUCAGCAGACAAAAGUGAAGAUGUGGCGUAUGCUCGUUCAAAAUGGAGAAAAAAUAACAAAGCGAAGGAGGAAGAUAUUUACGUGAACCUUGAACUGUCCGAUGGCUCUUGUUUGAAUGAGAAAAAGUGUGAGAAUGGGGAAGAACAUUGUGUGAGCAGUGAAAAAGAAGUAGGAAGUCUGCACACUGAAGAUAAGACUAAAAAAAUAAGAAAGGAAUCAGAGGUUGUAUAUGCUCAGGUUAAAUUUUGGACCAAAACCCCAGAGUCUCAGUAAAUUAUCAUUCUCUGGACAUAAUAGUGAAAAUAAACUCAAAUGAAAUAAAAGUUAAACAUUGAAAAUCUAGGAGGCCUUAAAAAGAACAAGGUCCUCGUGGCUUACACUUAUUCAUUUCAUUCACCCAUUAGUACCCCAAGCAUACACAUCUAGACUUACACUGUGCAUACUCAGUGCAUGUAGGAUCAUAAAAUUCUCUGUUCAAAUGUUUCCUAAAUACACAACAGAAAAAAAAAUGUAAUGACACAUCAUACAGCAAGCAGGGAAAGUUAAAAUGGAGUAUGCUUUACGUGAGUUUGUUUGGCCACUUGGACAUUGAAAAGCAUGUGAAGCCCUGUGUGACUUUUGGAGCCAAUAUUAUCAUAUAAAGUUGGAACUUAACAUCAAAAAACCCAAGCUGGGAUGUUUAUGCAUGAUGUUUGCAUGUCCAUUGCUUGCAGAGUCGUUUUCUCUGUCUCCUUCUCUCUUCAGUCCAUGUUAGCUGAUUUCUAAAGACAGUUCAUGUAAUUCUGUUUUGUUUUAAGUUUGUCCAUAACAUGGAUCUUUUCUCCAUGUAAUGCACUGACAUCCCAUGGAACAUAUUCUGUCCCUCUUAGCUCCAGGCUUUUAACUAAGGAUCUUUGCUCCAUGACUGCUGAUUAUCCCACUAAUUUACAAUAUCAGGAUGAUACAUGAUAAUAUCUUAUUUGUUAAAAUAAUAAACAACUUUACAAAAACA